AUGAAGCUCUCUAUUGCCCUGCUAGGGCUAAAUGUUGCCCAUCUAAGUGGUAUUGCCUCUGCGGUACCCUUCAACGGGCAACAUAAUCCCGGUAAAUCGACAUAUGCCGAUGACAUGUUUACUACGGCCAUUGAGUGGAAUGAUGGGUUUUGGGACGAAAACGCAGGAUACCUGAUUGCAUCUUCGGGCAAUCGCGGCCGACACGAUAGUCGGCAUACCGCCUGGUAUGCGACACAACUCCUAGCCCGGAAUGGGCCGGGGGAUGUUGCGCGGGCCGUUCGUAUCUUCGACAAUGUCAUUGGAGCCCAGUACCUCGAUCCCUCGAAGCAGUGGUAUGGAGACUAUCAGCAAGCAGCGGCGGAGCCCGAACCUGGCACUUCCGUAUAUCCCAAUGACGGACCUUACAGCUCGUGGGACCCGAACAUUCGAGACUUUGUGGGCUGCGCCUGGCUCGUAGCUCUGAACGACUACGACCACCUGCUUCCGGCUGCGACGGUGACCAAAGUCGAGAACUCACUUCUCGUCGCGGCCAAGGGAGAUCUCUAUCGUGUCGGGGGCGUCGACGACGACAAUCUCUACCCGUGCUACUCGAAUCCGUGGUUGAUGCGGACUAUCCUUCAGAACUGGGUUGGUGCACGAAUGAAUGACGCGAACCUGACUCGGUCCGGUGAGACCUUUGCUCAAGAGUUCUAUGACCUCUGGAGCAUGCACCGCACUCUUUCGGAAUUCAACUCCCCCACCUACGGCGGCGUUGCAAUGUGGGCUUUGGCGCUGUGGGGCCAAUAUGCCACCCAGGACAGUUUGUUGAAGAAAUACGCGCCCGAGGUCCUGACCGCGACGUGGGAUGAGCUGGCUCAGUUAUAUAACGCCAAACUCCAGAACAUAGUUGGUCCCUGGGAUCGGUCCUAUGGAUACAACAUGAAGCAAUAUGCUUCUCUUGUUGCACCCGUCAUUUGGGGUGCUGUUGGCCGUGAGCUCACACCGAUGCCCAAGUCACUAUCCGGCAUGUAUCAUCAAGAAGACUUCGCAUUCUACCCUCUGUUUGCUCUUGCGAUGCCCGAGAUGCUCAAGUACUUGUCCCCGGCCUCGAAGGCAAACCUGAUCAAGUUCCCGGGCGAGCACUCCUACUCGGCCCAGGCCUAUUCUCCUCCCCAUGAUACAUACCCGCGGAACGUGACAGCAUGGCUGUCUGAAGACGUGAUCAUCGGUGCUGAGACCUUGGCCGAGGACGUUGUCGGUGGACCUAGCAUCAAUCCUAGCCAAUUCAGCCCCGCGGUCGUUCAGUGGGCAAUUGAUGAUUACCAGAUUGGCUGUAUCACACACUGGGUGACCGAGUCAUCCAUUCAUGCUGUGGCCUCGCCCAAAGCACUCGAUAUCUCAUACCCCAACACCACAUCAUCGGAUGGGCCUGUGUCAUUCAAUUUCCUUGUCAGUGGUCUGGAUGUCCGCGGUGACAUCGAUAUAACUGGGUUGGAAGGUCUGCCCGGCUUGAACUUGAAGGUUAAAACCAAUGCUGUUGGAAACUUCAGCAUUUUGUUUGACGUGGAUCAGACGGUCAACGAAUUCAUCUUCUACAAUGUCACGUACACCAUGCCGGAGAACUUUACGGAGGUGCCGUAUAUCUCGUUGCGCGUGGUAUGA